UGCCAUCUCUCUUCGUGAACAUUUUCACUUUUUAUUCAAUAAUUUUUCGAAGGAUAUUGGAUCAGUUUCAUUCCAACCGUUGUUGUAAACAUUAGCAAUAUUCUUAACAUAGUUUCAACAUUGACGAUUAAAAUGAGAUCAUUUGCAUUGUUUUUCAUCCUUCUUUCAUCCUUCAACUACAUAUCGACAGAAAUUUCUGCACCAGUAGUUGAAUAUGUCGAAACUGAAACGCAUCCACCACCACCACGUCCAUACGUUUUCAGUUAUGCGGCGGGUAGAUCUCCAGGAACGUUCGAUCGUACACACAGCGAAGUAUCGGAUGGCAGUGGUGUUGUGCGAGGCACCUAUUCCUACGUCGAUCCUCGCCAGCAAAUUCGAACUGUCGAAUAUGUGGCCGAUAAAAGUGGAUUCUAUCCGUUGCUAAGCCAUCCGGUGUUGCCACCACAACAGUCCGAAGCGGUUCGUAAGGCAACCGACAAUCACAACCGACUGUACAAUCAAAUUGCCGAACAGCACGAGCAUGGAGAGGGUUUUGUCUCACCGAGUGAUACGAAAGCUGUGGCUUAUGCAAAGCAGAAACAUCUGAAUGCGUUUGAACGAAUUGCAGCUGAGCAUGCACAGAUUGCAGAGGAAAGACGAGUCGCCGAGGAAUUAAAGGCCGCUGAAAAUGGUGACCAUUUAGAAUAAACGUAUAACCGACGAUUUUGUUGGUCAUGAAUUGUUCGACUCAUCACGAAAUAAAUUUCUUUAUGUCGAACACAAACACUCUGUCACAUUUUC